GCGCCGGCGCGUGUGGCGUCAUCGCGGCGCGACGCCCCGGCGGGGGACGGUGCGGGGUCCGGCUGGGCGCGGCGGCCGGGAAGAUGCCAGUGGCCGUGAUGGCGGAGGGCGCCGGCGGCUUCCGGAAGCUGCUGGACCAGUGCGAGAGCCAGGAGCUGGAGGCCCCCGGCGGGGUCGCCACGCCCCCCGUGUACAGCCAGCUGCUCGCCCUGUACCUGCUGCACAACGACAUGAAUAAUGCAAGAUACCUCUGGAAGAGAAUCCCGCCUGCUAUCAAGACCGCGAACUCGGAGCUGGGCGGGAUCUGGUCGGUGGGACAGAGGAUCUGGCAGCGGGACUUCCCGGGCAUCUACACGACCAUCGGCGCCCACCAGUGGUCCGAGACGGUGCAGCCCAUCAUGGACGCGCUCAGAGACGCCACGCGGAGACGCGCCUUCGCGCUGGCCUCGCAGGCCUACACCUCCAUCCUCGCCGACGACUUCGCCGCCUUCGUGGGGCUCCCUGUGGAGGAGGCCGUGAAAGGGAUCCUGGAGCAGGGCUGGCAGGCGGACUCCAGCACCAGGAUGGUCAUGCCCAAGAAGCCCGUGGCAGGUGCCCUGGACGCGCCCUUUGGCCGGUUCAUCCCCUUGUCAGAGCCGUCCCCGGUCCCGCCCGUCCCCAGCGAGCAGCAGCUGGCCCGGCUCACCGACUACGUGGCCUUCCUGGAGAACUGACCGCCCGCCCGCCCGAGAGAUGGAGAGUUUUAUUUUCAGAGCACUGGCCCGAGGGAGCCCUCCCGAGCGCGAGCGCGGGGUGAAGUGCGUAUAUGAUAUAAAUAUAUUAUCUAUAUUUUGUCCUCCA